AUGCGGGAGCGGGGCAUACCGGUGCGCUACACGCUGCGCAACAUCAAUCAGGACCGGAGCAGGAUACCGGAGAUCGUCGCCGAGAUCCGGGCCGCCAAGCCGGAUCUGGUGCACACGUUCGGGACCUCGGCCACCCUCGGCGUGUGGGACCGCUGGGCGGCACGGACCCGGCCACGCAUGUCGAAGGGAUCCCCGGCGUGUUCUCGAUCGUGGCCUAUCCGAUCGAGGCCAACAUCGUUGCGAGCUUCCAGAUCGACCGGCCGUCCCCUCACCGGCACGGCGUUCCUGCCGCCGGUGGCGAAGCAGCUCGACGCCCUGCUGGAGUACCGCUCCGUCGAGCGUCUGGGCGUGGUCUACAACUCCCUGGAGCGCAACUCCGUGAUCAACGUCGAGGAGCUCAAGGAGGCGGCGUCGGAGCGCGGCAUCGAGUUGCUGCAGUCCCCGGUGCCUCUCGACGCCGAGGGCAGCACCGACCCCAACCGCCUGCCGGAAGCGGUGGAUGCACUGGUGGAGGGCGGAGCGCAGUUCCUCUAUAUCGGUCCGGAUUCCUUCGUGACCAGAAACAGGGUCGCGAUCACCGAUUACGCGGCGGAGCGCGGCCUGCCGACGUUCGCCGGAACCGAGGCGACCUUCGAGGGUUCCCGGGCCGUGCUCGGCUACGUGAGCCGCUACUACCUGGUCGGCAAGCUCGCCGGCGCCCAGGCGGAACGGAUUCUGGUCGGCGGCGAGCGGCCGGAGGACAUCCCGGUCGCCUCGCUGGCGCGCUUCGCGCUGCUCAUCCGCAUGCCGGUGGCCCUGGAGCUGGAGAUCUAUCCCCCGCUCAGCCUGCUGCGCGUGGCACAGGUGGUGGAGUAG